AUGAAGAGCGUCGAGCGAACUCCAAAGACUCAGGCCUAUCUGAACCUUGGCAGUCCAUUGAAUGCAAUCAGUUCGUCACCCGAUGGCUCGAAGCUAAUUGUUGCAGGAAGAGAUACCGUCAAGAUUAUAUCAUUAGAGGGUGAUCAACCAAAGGUAUCAAUCAACUUGAGAGCAGGAAAGACACAAUCAUUGAACUAUACAGGAAACGAUUGUUGUUGGCAUCCUGCAAACAUUGACAAUUACAAGUUCCUCAUAUCGACUGCAGCAACUAAUGGAGCAGUAGUAGUAUGGAAUAUUACAAGAGAGGGCGCGAGGUCUGUGGAGAAGGUGUGGACCGAUCACACCAGAGCCGUGAACAAACUGGCUUGGCAUCCAGACCAACACAACUACUUGCUAACAGGCUCACAAGACACAACACUAAAGUUAUCUGAUAUACGAGAGGCCAACCCAUGCAAGAUCACAUUCCAACCAAAGUCUGAAGCGAUACGCGAUGUACAAUUCCAUGCAUUCAACCCGAAUCAGUUUGCAGCAGCAUUUGACAAUGGUACUGUUCAGCUAUGGGACAUUAGGAAACACAAUCAGGUAGUGGAGAAGAUAACCGCGCAUCAGGGUCUGGUGCUCUCGAUCGAGUGGCAUCCAGAGGAGAAGAACCUGAUCGCGACGGGCGGUCGUGACCGCGCCAUCCGUGUCUGGGACAUCACCAACAACAAACAACUCUACAACAUCUCAACGAUAUCCAGUGUGUCGAGGAUCAAGUGGCGACCGAACCAUCGAUGGCAGAUUGCGAGCUGCUCGUCGAUCGUCGAUCUCCAGACGCACAUCUGGGACGUGAAGCAUCCGUUCGUGCCAAUCGCCUCGUUCACUGAGCACCGCGACGUGCCCACCGGUCUGAUCUGGCACGAUGCGUCCACGCUGAUCACCUGCAGCAAGGACAACUACCUGUUGAUCAACAACAUGCCGGGCGAUGCCUAUCAGCCCUACCACCACAUCCGCACAACGGGCAUCGGAUGGAAUGUACAGAACGAGCUGGCGGUCAUAAACGACAAGAUAAACCGUGACCUCAACAACGAGUCGGCCGUGCCACUGUCGGCCCAGUACCCGUCGUUCUUUGCUUCGUUCAACGUGCCGCCAGUCCCCUCGCCGCCAUCGCCGGCGCGCACCGACAAGGGCACCAUGUACAUACUGUCGCCGCUGGGCGCCACCAAGAGCGCCGACAAGAUCUGCGACCCAUCCUUCCUGUUUGAGUACUUUGCCAAGAACUAUCGAUUCCAGGGCAUGUCCUUCAAGAAGCUCUGCAAACACAAUGAAUCCGUAGCUCUUCGCGCCAACCAAUAUCAAACGUCCAAGAUCUGGACACUCCUGCGACUACACUUCAACAUCAAUAACAACAACAACAACAACAGCGCGAACAACACAAACAACAACAACACAUCAUCGAACAACAACAAUAUAUCAAUAAUCAAUGACAGCUCAACUGGAAGCAGCAAGCUGGCAAUUGGACCUUCGACAUCAUCAGAAGCCGCGACAAAGUCGAGCGUUGGCAAGGACGAUCAUUUGGGCAUUGGCGCAGAGAUACAGGACGCACUGGGUGGCACUGGCAUCCCCGACUCGAUUGAAUCGAGUGUUGGUAGCAAUGCUCGAGCCGCCUUGGACUUUAGCGAUGUGCUCGACGACGACGAAGACGACAUUCUAUCGGCAGAGGCUGUCACACCUCUUGCCCCACUGCCCACUCGCGCACCCUCGCCCGCCAAGUCACCACGCGACAUGGACAAGCAACAGCCACAGACACUACAAGCCACACCUCUGCUGCAUCAACAACAGCAGCAGCAACAACUGGUUCAAUCGAAUGGCCCUGUAGAUAGUUUGUACGAUAAUAAUUUAUUAGGAGUUCCCGUUUUGGACAAGUCGACGCUGCUGGCCGUGGACAAGAAGAAGCAGAAGGCAUCAUCACUCGCACUACUCGAUGUUGUUGACUUUGAAGUGCCAUCAAUCGAUAUACAACCGACCAUUCUCGAGAUGCUGGAACACUGCAAUGAGAGAGGUGAUGUCCAAACAUGUGUGUUUGUGAUGCUCAUACUCAAGGAAGCGAUCAAAGUUGAUAGACUGCGAGUAUCCCAAUGGCUUGGAUCAUAUAUAGAGUUACUGCAUAGGUUCAGAAUGUGGAACAACGCGAAUGAGAUUAUGAAGGGCUGCGAUGAUCCUUCUGUUAGCUUCAUGUCACAAAGAUCGACUUCAGUGCUGGUGUCAUGUGCAUGUGGCAAGACAUUGCCACCCAACACAUUUGUUUGUGAUAAGUGCGGAUCAGUUCCUGGCGAGUGUUCAGUCUGUCGCCUGCCAGUGAAGGGCUCCUUCGUAUGGUGUCAAGGUUGUGGACAUGGUGGACAUCUGGAACACAUCAAACAAUGGUUCGAUUCAAAUCACGAGAACUGUCCAACUGGAUCAUGCACACAUAUUUGUCGGCCACGACUGGUUAGUACCUAG